AUGAACCAGGGAGAUGAGGCCGGCCAAAUUCGUAUUCUUUUUUCCGGUAACACUUACUCUGAAGUUAUUAGCAAGUUUUACAUUCAUAUGUUGUCGAUUUUUCUUUCAUUUUAUUUCUUUCUUCAGUUUUUACAUUUUUUAAUUUUUCAAUUAUUUUUCUUUCUUUUUUUUCAGGCUGUAUUUCAUUUUUUUUUAUUUCUUCAUUUAUUCUUUCUUCACUUUUCUUUGGAUUUUCUUUCUUUCUUCAGUUUUGUCUUUCUCCUUUCAACUGUCUUUCUUUCACUUUAUCAUUUAUAUAUUAUUUCCAAAACAUUAUCUUGUUUCUUUAAUUUCGCUUCACUUUCUUUUUCAUCAUCUUUUUCUUUCAUCUUUAUUUCCCAUUCCUUUAUUUGGUUCCACCAUUUUCUUUUUUUCUUUUUCUUUUUUGUCAUUAUCUCUCUUCUUUCUUUCUUUUGUUUCUCCUUCUUUAUUAAUUUCACACUAAAAUCUUUUCUUUCUUUUUUCUUUCUUUCUUUUUUCUUUCUUUUUUUCUUUUUUGUCAUUAUCUCUCUUCUUUCUUCAUUUUCUUUCUCCUUCUUUAUUAAUGUCACACUAAAAUCUUUUCUUUCUUUUUUCUUUCUUUUUUUCUUUCUUUCUUCUCAACUCUUCUUCAGUCCCUUUUCGUCCUCUGAUUUCUUCUUUUGUGCAUUUUCUUUUCACUUACCCUCACUUCUCUCUUCCUCUGUACUAUCCUCCUCUCUCUACCCAUUUCUCUUUCUCUCUCUCUCUCUCACUCUUUCUCUCUCUCUUUCUCUCUCUCUUCUGAAAACAUUUAAACUCAAUUUUUGUUCUCAAAACUUCUGUCUGUCUGCAUAUCUAUCUAUCUAUCUAUCUAUCUAUCUAUCUAGUUUCAUAUCCAUUUCGUUUCACAUCUAUCUAUGUAUCUAUCAUAUUCUGUUCAUAUCUCUCUCUAUCUCUUUCUUCCCAUCUAGUACAGCCUGUUCAUAUCUCUCCCUACCCUCUCUCUCUCUAUUUAUCUAUCUGCCUGUCUAUUUCUCUAUCUAUUCCAGUAUUUUUAUAUCUAUCUAUCUAUCUAUCUAUCUAUCUAAGUCUCUCAGUCUGUUUCUAUCUAUCUAUCUAUCUAUCUAUCUAUCUAUCUAUCUAUCUAGUUAG